UCGUUUCAAGUGCACUCAUCAAGCAUUGUAAAAUCAAAUUCACUUUCAGUUUCCAAUCUCUCUCCAAUGAUGUUCAAUCUUUUCCUAGUUUUCACAAUUGUUUAUGUAUCACUUGUGGGAAGUCAUGCCGUGACUCCUGAAGAUUACUGGAAGUCUGUUUUGCCAGACAUUCGUAUGCCAAAAGCGAUCAAGGAACUUUUAGAUCCACAAAUAUAUAGAAACGUCGACCCCUACACAACAUCAUCAGCUAAGGAUCAGUUUAAAGAUCUUCCCGAAGCAUUCAAAGAUCAAUUACAUAAUAAAGAAAACACAUUUUCUAAUUCUGCAUCCAAAGAUCAGCCUCAUACAUUUCCAUUACUUUAUUCUGCAUCCAAAGAUCAACCUUCCAAAGAUCAGCGUGAUACAUUUCCAUUACUUUAUUCUGCAUCCAAAGAUCAACCUUCCAAAGAUCAGCGUGAUACCUUUCCAUUACUUUAUUCAACAUCCAAAAAAGAGCCUGAUACAUUUCCGUUACUUUAUUCCGCAUCCAAAAAAGAGCCUGAAACAUUUCCGUUACUAUAUUCUGCAUCCAAAGAUCAGGUUGACAAAUUUCCGUUACUUUAUUCUGUAUCCAAAGAUCAGCCUGAAACAUUUCCGUUACUUUAUUCUGCAUCCAAAGAUCAAUCUUCCAAAGAUCAGCGUGAUACCUUUCCAUUACUUUAUUCGACAUCCAAAAAAGAGCCUGAGACAUUUCCGUUACUUUAUUCCACAUCCAAAGAUCAGCCUGAAACAUUUCCGUUACUAUAUUCUGCAUCCAAAGAUCAGCUUGACAAAUUUCCGUUACUUUAUUCUGCAUCAAAAGAUCAACCUGAAACAUUUCCGUUACUUUAUUCUGCAUCCAAAGAUCAACCUUCCAAAGAUCAGCGUGAUACCUUUCCAUUACUUUAUUCCGCAUCCAAAAAAGAGCCUGAAACAUUUCCGUUACUAUAUUCUGCAUCCAAAGAUCAGGUUGACAAAUUUCCGUUACUUUAUUCUGUAUCCAAAGAUCAGCCUGAAACAUUUCCGUUACUUUAUUCUACAUCCAAAGAUCAGCCUGACAAAUUUCCGUUACUUUAUUCUGCAUCCAAAGAGCAGCCGUCCAAUGAUCACCUAAAAGAUGACCCUAACGCCGCAUUAUUUUUCUUAGAAAACGACUUGGAUCAAGGCAAAGAAAUCAAGAUACAUCUCACAACAAAGGACCAAAAAGCUUUGCUUUUACCCCAAAAAAUUGCUGAUUUGAUUCCCUUUUCGUCAAAGAAUCUUACUCAAAUUUACAACAUGUUCUCAGUUAAACCAUUUUCAGUAGAAGCCGAAAUCAUGAAGCGUACACUUAGUCUAUGCGAGCAGGAAAGAAUCGAAGGUGAGGAAAAAUAUUGUGCCACAUCCUUAGAAUCCAUGGUCGAUUUUAGUACUACAAAUUUAGGUAAAAAAGUAAAACCGAUAACAACAGAGGUGAAUACUAAAGAAAGUAGUACCACACUUUCCAAGUACAAAAUCAAAGGGUCCAGAAAGCUGGCUACAAAUAAAGCCGUGGUUUGCCAUAAGCUCAAUUACGCGUAUGCUGUGUUUUAUUGCCAUGCGGCAGUUAACGUUAAAGCAUACGCCGUUUCUUUGGUGGGUGAAAAUGAUACCAAAGUGAAUGCUGUGGCGGUCUGCCAUAUCGAUACUUCCAAAUGGGACCCACAACAUAUGGCAUUUCAAGUGCUUAAAGUGAAACCGGGAGGUGUUCCAGUUUGCCAUUACUUACCAGAGGGUCAUGUUGUUUGGGUUCCACGAACAACAACAAACUCGGCAUGAGAAAACAUCUUAUCUAUCUAUAUAUGUUUGUAUCUCUGUCUGCAUACAGGUAUGUAUGUAUGUAUGUAUGUAUGUAUGUAUGUAUGUGUAUGUAUCAAUGUAUGUGUGUAUGUAUGUAUUAUGUGUUGGUCAACUCCUCAUCAUAAUGUUCUGUUUGGGCUAAUCUGCAAUAUUUGUAAAUUUAAGAAAUAAAUGCAGUCUUUAAUUA